UUAAUGUACAUGUUUUUCAUUUGAUUCUUUCGUAAAAAUUAAAACUAAUUGCAUAAAUUAGCAACUGCAACAUGGAAGAGACAAGUCCAUUGAAGGCCAAGCGAAAAGAUAAAACUGAAGACAAACAGGAGGAUGCGGAUGCGACUGUCGAUGCUCCACAUAAAAAAUUGGCACGUCUCAGCGGAGCGUUGGAUGAAGCGGCGGCAGUAGAAGAGGGAAAGGGAGCGGGAGCGGACGUGGAGUUAUCUUUGAAUGCCGCUUAUCAACAAAAGGACGCAACACAAUGGCUGCAGACAGCGUGGUCAAAGCAAGCGCAAGACACAAAAGAUGAUAAAACCGGCGCACAAAUUUACGGUGAUCCCUUUCAAAUUUGCCUAUUGCCUGAUCUUUUGGAGAAGGGCAGCAGCCAGGCGCUUGUACACGAAAUGAUCAACAAAGUGCACUGGUCGCGUAAACAAAUGGAUCUCUAUGAAUUCUAUCAGAGCACUGAUCUGUCCAACAUGGCAGAGUGUCGACUUCUUGCCAACUUCUUGCAGUUACUCCGCAAACAAGUGCGUCCCUGGCUGGAGCAGGUGACAAAUCUAAAGCUGGACUAUGUGUCGGCCUCUUGCAGCAUGUACACCUGUGGUGACUAUUUGCUGGUGCACGAUGAUCUGCUAAAGGAUCGGCAAAUAGCCUUCAUCUAUUAUCUGUCACCUUGGCAGGGCGCUGAGGAAUGGAACGAACAGCAAGGUGGCUGCUUGGAGAUCUUUUCCAGCGAUGAUCAGUGCUUUCCACAAUUCCCCGUGCAGCGUAAAAUUGCACCAAAAAACAAUCAGUUUGCAUUCUUCAAAGUCGGCUCACGUUCCUUUCACCAGGUGGGCGAGGUGACCACCUUUGAUUAUCCACGUCUCACCAUCAACGGCUGGUUCCACGGCGCCACCAACGAGGCCUUUGUGGCGGACUCGUCACGUGCAUUUCCACGCCUCAGCUACCUGCAACCGGACAUCAACAACAAGCCCAAGCUGGGACUCUUGUUGAACGAUGUCUACCUAAAGGCGGCCACAUGUCGCAGCAUACAAAAGCGCAUCGAGGAGAACUCGGAGAUUUGUCUAUACGAGUUCUUUAAACGCGAAAAGUUUGAAUUGGCGCGAGCGCAGCUGUUGAGCGAUGAGUCCUUGACCUGGCGACGACAGGGACCUGCCAAUGCCCAUAACUAUGAGGUGCUUGAUUUGAGCACCGCCAAGGGCACAGUGGAGGAGCUGUUGCAGCUGUUUCGCAGCAAUGCCAUGUUCCACUUGCUGCGCGACUUUACCGAUCUGGAUCUGUACGGCGUAGAUGCCAUAACGCCCACAUGCAGCGUUGAACUGCAGCGCUGGUCGCACGGCAAUUACACAGUCCUUGGCGAUGGACUCGUCAGCGAGGACAACACCCUCGAUCUGGUCUACUAUCUAAAUGCAGCCGAGGGUGCUGCGGUGAUUACAUAUCUUUCACCUGAGGUGGAACAGCGUGCUCCCAUAAGGAAUGGUCAAGUCGCGGAUGGGGAACAAACUAUGGAUGAAGAUGACGAAGACGAGUGCCAUGAUGAUUCAGUGCUACUGACUAUAACGCCCGUUGAUAAUGCCCUGAAUAUUGUCUAUCGCUGUGAGGGCACCACCAAGUUCACCAAAUACGUCUCACGCAAUACGCCGCUGGACAAGGGACCCGUCUUUGUCAUAUCCUGCAGCUACAAGGAAUAAAUUUAAGACAAUUUUCCAUAUGCCGCCACAUCGUACAAGCCACAAUUUGUUGUUAGACUGGCAAAUGCACAAACCCGAUUUGUAGCUUUUGUUUAUUUCUUAAACUUUGCAUUUUACAUUUGUAAAUGUUGAUUGUAUACAAGAAAUGCGCAAUAAAAACUAUGUAUAGAAAGACGCAACAAAAA